CCGGCGUUGCCAGACAGUCGUGAAAAUAAGUGCUACCGUAUUCACAAGGCUGAAAAACAAAUAACAAAGGCAAAAUAUUUUAUAUCAAUUGUACAACAUUCAUCAUUCACAGAACAAAAAGACUGAUUGUGAUUGUUCCCGUCGACUGAAUCAUAAAAACUGGAUACUGGCCCGAAGAUUUCUAAAUGGUGAAAUCCGUCCCGCGUCUGCCCCUUCUAUCGGUCUUCCACUAGCUCUAUCAAGAUGAGCAUGCGCACACGUGCGUUGGUCUUCUCCACCUUCUUCGGCAGCUGUCUGGCCAUCGGCCUCCUGCUGGUUAGCAUGACGAGCAAUCAUUGGGUUCAAGCCACUCCACGGCGCAACUCUUCAGCGGAGGCUAAGGGCGAGGUAAACUUGGGCCUUUUCUACGGCAACCAGCACCUGAACCCCGGAUUCGGCGUGCGCACUUUUCCGGUUGAUGUUUACACGUUUGUCCGCACGGAGAACGGCGAAACCAGCUUCUGGCUCUGGCUUCUCACCACCCUUGGCACUGGCUUUGGCCUCCUGUCCUGCGCAGUGGCCGCUAUCGCCGCAGUCCUAAAGUCAGCCUCCGCGGCCAAGAAAGGUGGGACAAUGGUUUUCCUCCUGGCCGCCAAUAUAUCAGCGGCGGGGGCCCAGGUGGUGGCUUUCGGGGCAUGGCUAGUGCAGUUCUACAACUACUUCACCCUCAACGUGCUUCUUGCCGAGCACCAGCAACAGCACUGGUACAGCACUGGACUGGCUUACCUCGGAUACAGCUUCUACCUGGUUGUGAUUUCCACAGUCGUGGUGCUGGUUAACAUAGCCGUUCUGUUAUACGCCGAGCGCCGAGAUAUGCGCGACCGCCAACGCCUGGAGCCGCCAAGUGAUGACAAGAACAAAGCCGCCAUUAUGCUGUACUAAGGGAGAAAAGAAUUGUGAAUAAACCUCAAAGCAUUUUUUUCGGGAGCGGACGAGCAGCGACAACAAGUAAUCUCAGUGGCUCAAAUGUUUGUGCCUUACUUAAGGAAGCCUCUUUCUUGCCAACAACAAGGCCCAUUUUUAUACCCAAGAUUAGAUAAGCACUUACUUCAGGAUCACGCUGAAUAUUCAGCGGCUAGACACCUGAAGAACGUGUGCAUUUCACCGCCCGCACAUACCCAUAUACCAUAUUUAUAAACCAUAUUUAUAUAUUCUUUUGACUUUUUUCUGUACCUUAUAUUUACUGCUACCAACAGCCAAGUAUUUAUAUGUGCAUAUUUACAAAUACAACAAUAGUCAUAAAAAAAAA